AGCUUUCAGACGCAUCCACUGCUCCUCCUAAAAUAACCACUUCCAGUGAACCAGGCACACAUAGAAGGAGAAAGAACAAGAGACACGUUUCCACGUUAGCACUUUUCUGUACAGUCGGCCUCUGUAUGAAUGUGUGAGGGUUUUACUGAUCUCAGUGACAUUUUGAAAUAGCACUCUCUGCAGGGGUCCCUCACCACAGCUCCGUGAAAGGGAUUCUGUCACGAAUACAGGAUUAAGAAAGCUCUUUAAAAUCCGGUAAGUCAGACGUGAGCCAUCUAUUCUGCUGCUGCUUUGUUUUUGGCUGCAACUACACUUAUUUUCACUUUGCAGAACCUGUUGUACAAUUGAUGGUAUCAUCACCCUCAAGAGGGUUGCUGUGAAUUUUGCAAGCCUAAAACUACUUUAACACUUUAUCUUCAGAUACUUUAUGUCUACUUUGUAGAGGACGCGUCUAAUUUUUGAAACCCGAAUUUCAAAAUGACCAGCUGCUAUUUACAGAAUUUGCUUUGGCUCCUUUUUGGGGGCUGCAGAACAGGUGGCAGCGCCGACGCUCAGCUUGCUCUCACACUCUGCACGCUUGCAAUCUGCUGCAGGAGCCUCUGCUACUGUAUGAGAGAGCCCACCGGUUCAGAUCCCCUCACUCAGACUGAUUCGACUGUCUCCGUGUGACUUCUCCUGCAGUAACGGCGAUGAUGAACGACGACUCUUUUGUGGAGUGUAAGAUCGACGACGACAGUGAUGACGACAGCGAAGGAGGGGAACAGAUGAACACGCCGCCUCCUCCUCCCGAGUUUGCAUCCAAAGCCUCGACUCCUGCGCCGAAACCUCCGACCCCUCCUACAGCCCCUGCUGCACCCACACCCUCCUGUCUCCCGCCCAGCCGGGACCCUCAUGGCAUCAACAAACACCUAAAGGUGGAGGUCAGUGACGUGCUGGCAGAACCUUCGACACCUCGUACCUUCGACCGAGUGUGGCUUUACAGCACAGUUGGCUUUGAGAGGACUCGUGUCUGGACGUACCGCUGCCUCACCCUGCUCUUUGCUGUGCCCUUCGCUCUGCUAUGUGGCAUUUUUUUGGCGGUUCUAGCUUGUCUUCAUGUCUGGUUUCUGGCGCCUUGCAUACAGCUGAGCAACACCUUCAUUCCAUGCCUGCGGUCCUUGUGCAUGUGCGCCGUGGACGUUGUGGUUUCUCCAUUUUGUGCAUCUCUUGCUCUCUGCUGCAGUCAAAUUGCUAUCUCGCUGUCCAACAAGGACUGGCAUCAAAUGAGAAACAGGGAGGCCGUGUGAGUGUGAAAUAUACAGAGUAAAACACACUGCGUGAGUGACUGAGUGAACAGCAGAGAGAGAGUUAGUUCUUAAUUGGCGCCAUUCUGAAAAUUUGUUGUUUUCUACAUUUACAACCAAGUCUCUAGAAAUGUUAUUAUUAGUAGUAUGACUAGUUGUCUUUAUUUUACACUUACUUCAAAUGUAAUUCUGAUACAACAUGUAAAUUAUGAGUAAAAUUAAUUUAAAAAAAGAAAUUCUUGUGCAUUUUUCUUGUUUUUACAAAUAGAUGAUUAAUCAUGAAUGGCUUUAUAAACAGUUCAACAAAUACAAGCAUUUAGACUAAAGUUUAGUCAUGUAAGUCAGAUAUAAAAACAAAAACAAACACUGGUUUACAGCCUUACUACUCAUCUUGCUUUUAAAUAAAUUGUCUAUUUGUCCAAAUUUUAUAUGGUAGUGUCUAGAUGAAUUGAACACUUUUCUGCAGAAACAUUAUUUUCCAGGCAUGUAUUGCAAAUCUAGAAUAGAUUAUAUUAGCAUGGAGGUCUACUAAAAGUAUGUAUAGUACUUGUUUAAAUUAAUGCAGUAU